GAUACUGCCCGAGCGCCGCGCUGGGGAGGGCCGCCGCCGCCCGCCAGGGAUGCUGGGGAGGAGGCCGUCGGGAGCCGCCGCCGCCGCCGCCUGAGGGAGGCCCUCCAGAGACCGCCAUUCACCCGGGAAGCGAAGUCGCGGAUUGGCAGGUUCGGGGCUGGUGAAUCGGGGCUACCGAGGAGGAGUCUCGAGGCCGUGGCUGCGCUGCCCGGCCCUGGGCCGCGCUCUCGACUCCGAGACCAUCUUCGGUGGGAGAAGGCGGCCCGGGCUGCCCGGUGUCGCCGUCCCGGGGAAUAGGAGGACUUUCUUGCGCUGCCGGCUGUAGGCGGCGGCCCCUGUCGCAAGAGGCGAGGCCCCCUUUUUCCCCCAGCGCCGAGGGAGUCCUCUCUCCCGCCCCCAUCCCCUUCUGAAAGGGCACCUGCUGCUCGUGAGAGGAGAGAUUGUACAGCACGACGAGCCGACGCCAGGAUACGCGACAUCACCCGCACCGCCCGCAGGAAAUCCCAUCAGGGAAAAAGAAAAAAGGAAUUUAUGGAUGGCCUGAAAGAGGAGGAAAGUGUCUAACAGGGAGCUUUUGGAGCAGACGUUUUAAAAAUACUGCUUUCUACGUUCUGUACAAUGUUACCCCCUCAGAGACUUUUAUACUAACUUAGUAUGAUUUUUGGAAUCGGUCGGAUCUGACUUGCAGUCCUGUGCCAGUGUUUGCUGGAGUUUGGCCGGUUUCCUGUUCUCCUUUUGGUACCACGUUCCGGGGAGAACUUCUGAUCAUCAAAACCCUACAGAAGGAAAGAAAGGAAUUUCAACCUUGACCGGUGCCACCAAAGAAGCCUUUGAGCCAUGUGGACUUUUCUUGGCAUUGCCACUUUCACCUAUUUUUAUAAGAAAUGCGGGGACUUCAUGACUUUGGCCAACAAGGAGGUCCUGUUGUGCGUGCUGGUGUUCCUGUCGCUGGGCCUGGUGCUGUCCUACCGCUGUCGCUACCGAAACGGGGGCCUCGUUGGGCGCCCCCAAAGCGGCUCCCAAUUUGGGAUCUUCUCGGAUAUUCUCUCAGCUUUGCCUUUCAUUGGCUUCUUAUGGGCCAAGUCCCCCCCAGGAUCAGAAAAUAAAGAGCAGCUCGAGUCCAGGAGGCACAGAAAAGGAACCAAUAUUUCAGAAACAACCUUAAUAGGAGCAGCUGCCUCUACAUCAAUAUCUUCUCAAAAUGAUCCAGAAGUUAUCAUCGUGGGAUCUGGUAUACUUGGCUCUGCUUUGGCAGCAGUGCUUUCCAGAGAUGGAAGAAAGGUGACGGUAAUUGAGAGAGAUUUAAAAGAGCCUGACAGAAUAGUUGGAGAAUAUCUGCAGCCAGGUGGUUGUCGUGUUCUUGGAGACCUUGGUCUUGGAGAUACAGUGGAAGGUCUUGAUGCCCAGGUUGUAAAUGGCUACAUAAUCCAUGAUCAAGAAAGCAAAUCAGAGGUUCAAAUUCCUUACCCUUUGUCAGAAAACAACCAAAUACAGAGUGGAAGAGCUUUUCAUCAUGGAAGAUUCAUCAUGAGUCUCCGAAAAGCAGCUAUGGCAGAGCCCAAUACAAAGUUUAUUGAAGGUGUUGUGCUACAGUUACUAGAGGAAGAUGAUGCUGUGAUGGGAGUUCAGUACAGGGAUAAAGAAACUGGAGAUAUAAAGGAACUCCAUGCUCCGUUGACUGUUGUUGCAGAUGGGCUUUUCUCCAAGUUCAGGAAAAACCUGGUCUCCAGUAAAGUUUCUGUUUCAUCUCAUUUUGUUGGCUUUCUUAUGAAGAAUGCACCACAGUUUAAAGCAAAUCAUGCUGAGCUUAUUUUAGUUAAUCCAAGUCCAGUUCUCAUCUACCAGAUUUCAUCCAGUGAAACUCGAGUACUUGUUGAUGUUCGAGGAGAAAUGCCAAGGAAUUUGAGAGAAUACAUGGUUGAAAAAAUUUAUCCACAAAUACCUGAUCACUUGAAAGAACCAUUCCUCGAAGCCAUUCAGAAUUCUCGUUUGAGGUCCAUGCCAGCAAGCUUCCUUCCCCCUUCACCAGUAAACAAACGAGGUGUUCUUCUUUUGGGAGAUGCAUAUAAUAUAAGGCAUCCUCUCACCGGUGGGGGAAUGACUGUUGCUUUUAAUGAUGUAAAACUAUGGAGAAAACUGCUGAAGGGUAUCCCUGACCUUUAUGAUGAUGCAGCUGUUUUCCAGGCCAAAAAAUCAUUCUAUUGGAUGAGAAAAAGGUCUCAUUCCUUUGUUGUGAAUGUCCUUGCUCAGGCUCUUUAUGAAUUAUUUUCUGCCACAGAUGAUAAUCUGCAUCAACUAAGAAAAGCGUGUUUUUUUUAUUUCAAACUUGGUGGAGAAUGUGUUGCUGGGCCUGUUGGGCUGCUUUCUGUAUUGUCUCCUAACCCUCUAGUUUUAAUUGGACACUUCUUUGCUGUUGCAGUCUAUGCCAUGUAUUUUUGCUUUAAAUCGGAACCUUGGAUUACAAAACCCCGAGCCCUUUUCAGUGGUGGUGCUGUACUGUACAAAGCAUGUUCUGUAAUAUUUCCUCUAAUUUACUCAGAAAUGAAAUAUAUGGUUCAUUAAACUUAAAGGGGAACCAUUUGUGAAUGAAUGUUUGGAACUCAUGAAGUCCUAAGAGAUAUAUUUUGGAAGAGGAUGAAUAUAGCAUAGUGCUAUACCACUUCUGAAGUGGAAACUCUUGGACCAAGAUUGGGAUUAAUUUGUUUUCAAAGUUUUUUUUGUAUAUAAACAUGUAUAUAUAUACUUUAAUUUGCAAUCUAAAGUGAAAGGUAAAUUAAAUAUGAAAUUUAAAAGAAAUGAUU